AAUCAUGGUUUAAAAUCAAAAUUUCUCAAUUCUUUAUUAACAAACUCAUUUUGUUAAAUCAGACAUUCCUCUCUAACCCUGCAGUACCUAAUAGCUGAAUUGAGAUUGGUUGAGAUUGUGUAGUUCAUGUUAAUAGGAUAGUGUGUAUUAUAAAAAAUGAGUUUCAACAAAAAGAAAAAAAAUGAGUUUCCUAAUUGUGUGUGUGUGUGAGAGAGAGAGAGAAAGAGAGAGAGAGAGAGAGUGUGUGUGUGUAUGUGUGCUAUGAAAUUACAGGUUGUUAAUACAGAGGUUUUUGGACCCCUUUAAUAUUGAUGCAAGCUAUGGUUACUCUCCCCAGAGAUAUGUCUUAUUGACCUCUCUGUUCCCUUGGCCCACAUUUAGGAACUGCUGCUCUCGAAGCUGUCUGCCAUUGAUCUAUUCUGUUAUACUUAUCAGGCUAUCAAUUUGGAGUGUCUCCCUUGCUCACAGUGAGUCCUGCUUCUCUGAGACCUGCCCCUCAUCCACAGGGUGGACUUCCAGGAGCCAUGACUACCCAACUCCACUUGUGUCGCCAGCUGAAUGCACCAAGAAUGGACAGUUAGCCUGAGCUGGACCAGUCUGAUUCUCUUCAAAGACUUUUGGACUUGGGACUGGAAAGGCAGGUCUGCACAACACACGCGUGGAUUCGUCUCGCCAACGUCCAGGUCCACGUCCACGCCCCCAGGUAACAGUGCCGCGCGCGCCCGCCAGGGGGCAGCAGAUCGCAGUCCCGCGGCCCUGCGCGCUGGACGCCCCGGCGCACGCCCCGCCCCGUGACCGUGACCGUGACCGUGACCGCGACCGAGGGCGGCGCUGGGGCAGCGUCCUGCAGGCCGGGAGCGUCCGGGGUCCCACGCCAUGGGGGCCGAGGCCUCGGGGAGCGGGCCGGAGCUGCGGGAGCUGGUGCGCGAGGCCGAGACCAGCCUGCUCGAGUGCAAGGUGUGCUUUGAGAGGUUCGGCCACCGCCAGCAGCGGCGCCCGCGCAACCUGCCGUGCGGCCACGUGGUCUGCCUGGCCUGCGUGGCCGCGCUGGCGCACCCGCGGACGCUGGCCCUCGAGUGCCCCUUCUGCCGGCGGGCCUGCCGGGGCUGCGACACCAGCGACUGCCUGCCGGUGCUGCACCUCCUGGAGCUCCUGGGCUCCGCGCUUCGCCCGUCUCCGGCCGCCCCGCGCGCCGCCCCCUGCGCCCCCGGCGCCCUCACCUGCCACCACGCCUUCGGCGGCUGGGGCACGCUGGUCAACCCCACCGGGCUGGCGCUCUGCCCCAAGACAGGCCGGGUCGUGGUGGUGCACGACGGCAGGAGGCGGGUCAAGAUCUUCGACUCCGGGGGAGGAUGCGCGCAUCAGUUUGGCGAGAAGGGGGACGCCGCCCAAGACAUUAAGUACCCACUGGACGUCACCGUCACCAACGACUGCCAUGUGGUUGUCACUGACGCCGGCGACCGCUCCAUCAAAGUGUUUGAUUUUUUUGGCCAGAUAAAGCUCGUCGUUGGAGGCGAGUUCUCCUUACCUUGGGCGGUGGAGACCACCCCUCAGAACGGGGUCGUGGUGACGGAUGCCGAGGCAGGGUCCCUGCACCUCCUGGAAGUGGACUUCGCGGAAGGGGUCCUUCGGAGAACCGAGCGGCUGCAAGCGCAGCUGUGCAACCCCCGGGGCGUGGCCGUGUCUUGGCUCACCGGGGCCAUUGCGGUCCUAGAGCACCCCCUGGCCCUGGGGACUGGGGCCUGCGGCACCACGGUGAAGGUGUUCAGCUCGAGUAUGCAGCUCAUCGGCCAGGUGGAUACUUUUGGGCUGAGCCUCUUCUUUCCCUCCAAAAUAACUGUCUCUGCCGUGACCUUUGAUCACCAGGGGAAUGUGAUUAUUGCAGAUACCUCUGGCCCAGCUAUCCUUUGCUUGGGGAAACCUGAGGAGUUUCCAGCACUGAAGCCUAUGGUCACUCAUGGCCUUUCCCAUCCUGUGGCCCUGACCUUCACCAAGGAGAAUUCUCUUCUUGUGCUGGACACAGCGUCCCAUUCUAUAAAAGUCUAUAAGGUUGACUGGGGGUGAUGCAGUGUGGGGGUGGGGUUCCUGGGGCCUGGAAUCUGAAUCCCCAGUUGUUGCCACUAAUGAAUUGUUUGACCCUGGAUAAGUCACUUAAACUCAUCUCUCCAGGCAGAGAUAAUUAGAACUGCCUGGCAGACUUA